GAGAGAGAGGAAGUGGUGAGGAUGCUCUAGUCGCUGCAGCACUUUGCUCCUCAUCACACCACAGUCAGUCAGUCAGUCAGUCAGUCUAAGUUUACAUCACACGACAUAUCAUCGCUGUUUCACUGACCUGCAGCCACCACCGCCUUCAUACGGCCAUGCCUAAGGAGUGGCGUACCUGGAAAAUGCAGUUUCCGUAAAGCCCAUUCAAGGUGAAUCACUGUGUCAGGUCAGCCAUCGUUGGGGGGAAAAAGGAACUCAGCCUGCUUCACAGUUGGAGGAAGGACAUCCGAGCUUCCCUCUGAUCAAGUUCUCUCUGCCCAAAAGAUGUCAACCGCCAGCACUGACAGUGUAGGAAGAGGAACCAAAACCUCCAAAGUGUCAAAGGACCAUAAAAAGCCCACGGCGUCAGCCCUGAAAGGAGCCAUCCAGUUGGGCAUCGGUUACGCUGUGGGAAACCUCAGCUCAAAACCAGACAGAGAUGUUCUCAUGCAGGACUUCUCUGUGGUGGAGAGCGUUUUCCUGCCCAGUGAGGGCAGCAACCUGACUCCAGCACAUCAUUUCCCAGACUUCCGCCUGAAAACGUAUGCGCCGCUGGCCUUUCGCUAUUUCAGAGAGCUGUUUGGCAUCAAACCAGACGACUAUCUGUAUUCCAUCUGUAAUGAGCCUCUGAUCGAGCUGUCCAACCCCGGCGCCAGCAGUUCCUGGUUCUACCUCACCAGCGAUGAUGAGUUCAUCAUUAAGACAGUGCAGCAUAAAGAGGCCGAGUUCCUGCAAAAGCUGCUUCCUGGUUACUACAUGAAUCUGAACCAGAAUCCGAGGACAUUGCUGCCAAAGUUCUACGGCCUUUACUGCAUCCAGUGCAGCGGCAUCACAGUCCGCGUGGUGGUGAUGAACAAUGUGCUGCCGUGCGCAAUGAAGAUGCACUACAAGUACGACCUGAAGGGUUCCUCGUACAAACGCCGCGCCUCGCGCAAAGAGAGCGCCAAGCAAUCGCCCACGUUCAAAGACCUGGACUUCCAGGAGAUGCACGAGGGCCUGCACUUCGACUCAGACACCUACAAUGCCCUGAUGAAGACCCUGCAGAGGGACUGUCGGGUCCUGGAGAGCUUUAAGAUCAUGGACUACAGUCUCCUACUGGGGAUUCACGUUUUGGACCGGAAGCCGCUGGGCAGAGGAAGCCGAUGUGACAGCAGGAAAGGACAGAAAGUCCUCUACUCCACCGCCCUCGAGUCCAUCCAGGGGAAUGUUAAGGACCCCGAACCAGUGGUUGAUGACGACACAUUUGGUGGAAUUCCAGCCAAACAUAAAGAUGAGAACCUUCUCAUCUUCCUAGGAAUCAUCGACAUCCUUCAGUCCUACAGGUUCAUCAAGAAGGUGGAGCACUCCUGGAAAGCUCUUGUACAUGAUGGGGACACAGUGUCGGUUCACAGGCCCAGUUUUUAUGCGGACAGAUUUCUGAAAUUCAUGGGCUCGACUGUAUUUAAAAAGAUUCAUCCUUUAAGAGGAGCAUCUUCGAAGAGGAAGAGGAAUUCCCUCUAUACAGUAAAGUCAGCCUCUCAGGAGAUUCUGUCCCCACAUAAGGAGGAGAAGAAGGAGGAGAAGAAGGCCCAAAGCAUGGACAACCUGGAUGGAAACUUUUACAGUUCCUCCAAGCAACCAGAUCUUCUGCCAAGAUCUGCUGUUUCCUUCCAGUCCAGCAGAAAUGAUGAAGAGGACACUGAGAACAGUGAAGCCCGACGAGCCUCCAGUUCAACAAUUGCUCUGGACGAUCCUCUGCCGUCUCUCAGCAGGAGCCAGUCAGACUCUGAACUGGACGUCUACUUGCGUCACACAGUCUCACCCAGGCGACCCAGCUGGAGUUGAUCAGUCGUUUGUGUUCCAGCAUCCAUAAACUUGAAGAGAAAUGAGUGAAGACUCCUCUCCCGCCACCUGUACGUCUGACCUUUGACCUCACAGCCAUCAGGAGGACCUCACAACUGUGUGAAUGUGACAAAAACUACAAGCAGUAACAGUUUCUCCACUGUGAGCAUCACUCUGUGCCUCUGUGCCUUUCGCUUCGGAGUAAAACUAAAUAUAUGUGCCAAACCACUGGUUCUGUUAGUCCCAUUAUCAGCAGACAGGGAUACAGUCUGUGUGGGGUGAGAUCACUGAACCACUGUGUUAAUAUAAAACACUACGAAGCAGUUUCUUCUCCUGUUAUUGUACACUUUGCUGCUAGUUCAACAACAGUGCUCAAAAAGUUUCAGUCUUGGAUGUCUGAUUUUCUGUUUCAAAUGUUUCAAAUGUCUAAAUUGUAACUGAAUCAGCUGCAGGGAAAAUAAUUGUCUGCUGUUGCUUUCAGAUAAUAUAAUUACAUAGAGCCAUGUUGAAUGAAAAAUGCCAAUUCAUCUGUCGACACAUUCAAAUACGCAUGAGUGAUAGAGAGUGUUAUGCUACCUUACAAACAUUAUGUAUAGAUGAUUUUACAAUAAUUAAUUAUUCUAUAUCCUUUGUGUAUUUUCUUUCAAACAUACAGAAUCCGCUGCCUUCAUGAUAAAAAGUAUUUGCUUGUUUCUUGUUAUAAGAUGGUUUUCAUGUUAUAAUGUUUACUGCUGUAAUCACGUACCUUCAAACCUGUUUUUGGUUCUCAACCUUUCAUGCCUCCCUGUGUCAUUUCCCUAGAGAAUGUACAUUUCAUCUCUAUUAAAACUGUUUUGAAUCCUGGAGGCAAAUAAUGACCAUACAUUGUACAUUAUGUCAAAUGUCUUCUUUUUGUUCAUGUGCCUUCAAAAGUUUAAAAAACCUGUGCUUUUAUGAGAUUUAUAGGCCUACAACUGUAAUAUUGCAAUACUUUGGACUUGUCUGUGAAAUAAAUUAAUAUUUAAUGUAA